UGUAGUUACUGUAACUGACCGCUGGGUGUCACUAUCGCCGCAGAAAUCACGCGCGCAGGUGCCGCGCAUUAUAACCGCCGGCGGGAAAGAUGAACACACACAAGCACACGGUCAUGGCGGAGGAUUAAAUAAGCAGAAGUGAUUAAUGACUGGAGUGUGUGUGAGAGAGAGACGAUGCAGCCGCUGCAGAUGCUGGAGGUUCCCGGGUUCAGGCAGAAGCUGCUGGAGGCCUUGAGUCUGGGCAGACGGCAGCAGUACAGCUUCCCCCGCAUGCAGAGGGAGGAGCCGCUCGCAGACGCGCAUGUCCCCCGGGGCCGCAGCCCCUCCCUGCCCGGCUCCUUCUACAGAGCCGAGGAUGAGAGCGAGAGCGAGCUGCUGUAUCUCUCUUUCGUCACAGCCUCCUCCUCCUCCAUCCCUCCGCUCUCCUCAUCAUCAUCCGAGAGCGAAAGCACGUCGUCGAGGCGCUCGCGCAGACGCAAACGCAGCAGUCAUGGCGUGAGAGAGCCACUCGUCAUGGGAAACCAGGACGGAAAGCUGAAGCGCUCCGGUGGAGGGGAAGCAGGAGGCGCGGUGGAUGAGAAUGGAGCUCACGAGGGUGUAAAGAAAGGGAAGAAAUCCCACGGAAAGGGGGAGGGAGGGAAGAAGAAAAACAAAUCAGACAGAUCCUCCGUUUUCCCUCACAUACGGAAGCGUAAGAACCUGAAAGCGAAAGGGUUGCUGAGCGCCUCCAAAGAAGAUGCGCUGGAUGAACUCGAUAGCGUUCCAUCUCUCUGCAAUAAGACGCCGGAUCUCUCCGGAGAUGAGCUCGGACAGUCUGACAUGGAGACCGAGAGGCCUCGUCUGGUGGCCGACAGCAGGCAGACCACGCUGGAUGCCACCGACGGCCCCGAGGAAGAGGAGAAGAUCCGCAGCUCCGGAUCCGACACGGAUAUGUAUAGUUUCCACUCUGCCGCCGAGCAGGAAGAUUUGCUGGCUGACAUCCAGCAGGCCAUCCGGAUGAAGCAGGGAGUGAUGCUCACCACCGCCGUCGACCUGCCGUGGGAGAAGGAUUGUAAACAAACCAACGGUGGGGACACUAAAAACACUCCGACCCCCGACUCGGAGCAAUUUACAGUGCUGGAAGCCUUUCCCAAACAAGAGCAUGUUAGUGCGGAGCACCUCCCUGAGGAGGAGGAGGAGGAGGCGGCUGUGAAUGGAGACUCGGAUGCGGGCCUUUGUACCAUCACAAAAGAGCCUGAGGCCCCCCUUCCUCCUCCAGCGGUUGUCAAGACAACCAGUGAGUGCAGCUUCCCGGAUCUCACUGCUUCCUUUGAAAGUGCAGUGGAGGCCGUGGAAGAGGACGAUUCGGCUCCGGACGCUCCCAGCACGGAUACGCUCUCGGCGGGGUCGGUGGAAUGUCUGAGCGCCGUGGAAGUGAGCGAACGGCGCAAGAGCAGCGUGACGUUCGUGCACCAGGAAAGCCCGCUGGCCACGCGGCUGCUGAAGUCCUCGGUCAAGCCGUAUCCGCCAAUCAGCACGUCCUACAUCAAAACCACCACGCGACAGCUGAGCUCGCCCUCCUGCUCGCCCGCGGCGUCCCCGUCUCACAGCCCGCUGUUCACGCGGCGAGGGCCCGAGGCCAGGGCCGAGAGGAGACGGGUCAAGCGGCAGCGCUCCUACAGCAUCACCGACCCCAUCAGCCGCUCCGCCGACUGGACCGAGGAGCUUCGGAGUCUUCCUCCGAAAACGGCCAGGUCAGAUGACUAUCUGGAGUACGGAGGCUCGGAGGGAACGCUCAGGAAGGGCGGCCCGGCGCUCGCUGCCACACGGAGGGCGUCUGCAUCUCAGGUGUCGACAUGCAGCUUUCAGGAAGUUUUCACAGGCCGGACGUUGCUGGAGAAGUUUUUCCAGCAGCAGGAUUCCAGCGAGCCGGAGGAGGCAGAGAAGAUUUGCUCCAGGAUCCUGGCCAUGGGUCUCCUGCUUCCCUUCAGCGACUGUUUCAGAGAGGCGUGCGGCAGCAGCGGACAGAUCGCACCCAAAUUUGACCAAGAUCAGCUGUACACAUGGGCGGCAGUGAGCCAGCCUCCUCCGUCGCUGGAGCGCUUGGAGGGACGUUUACCUGGACACCUGAAGAGCCUGUGGCCCCUGACCAGACCGGGAGAGGAGCGGCCCGAGCCCAAAUACACAGAGGAAGCGGUCGAGGAGCCGGAGGAACAUCAGGCUGUCGUCUCAGACCUGAAGAAACAACAGGAAGAAGAAAUCCGGCAAAUUCAGGAGGAGUCCGUGCUGAAGACGGUGAAUCUGAAGCAGGAGCACGUCUGCGUGAUUGAGCAGCUGGAGCAGACCAUUGAAGACCUGCGCAGUAAGAUUGCUGAGCUGGAGAAACAGCAGCCCCUGCUGGAGCGGGAGAUCAUCACGCAGGAUCAGGAGUGCGGCGGGGAGGAAGGCCUCAUCCCGGACGUCUGCCAUGUGGACCUACAGACGGAAAACUCUGCUCUGCUGCCGCUGGAGGCCAAAUCGGUGCAAACGUCUCCUGUGGACGAGAGCUUUAGGUUUAAAGUGCCUCCUGUGGAGGCGCAGGCGCCCGGAGGGAGUGACUCCUCGCAGGGCUCUCAGUCUCAGGCUGGUUCUCAAGCGUUUGUGUGCGUCUGCCAGCAGCAGCCGGGUGCUUCGGUGCCACCUCCUCCUCCUCCACCACCUCCUCCUCCUCUCCCAGACAGUUCAUUGCCCCCUCCGCCGCCACCUCUACCAGGAAUGGGUGCACCUCCUCCUCCACCUCCUCUACCAGGACUAAGUGCGCCUCCUCCUCCACCUCCUCUACCAGGAAUGGGUGCGCCUCCUCCUCCACCUCCUCUACCAGGAAUGGGUGCGCCUCCUCCUCCACCUCCUCUACCAGGAGUAUGUGCACCACCUCCUCCACCUCCUCUACCAGGAGUAUGUGCACCACCUCCUCCACCUCCUCUACCAGGUCUAUCUGCACCUCCUCCUCUCCCCAAUGCAGGAUCAGCACCACCUCCUCCUCCUCCACCACCUCCUCCAUCUAUGGCUCCUGGAGCUUGUGCGCCUCCUCUGGCCUUCGGUUUUGGCUCUUUGCCUCCUCCUCUGCCGCUCGGUCUGUACGCGUUAGGAGCGGCGCAGGAGAAACCGCCUCGCAAGCUCAUCGUGGAGCCGCCGAGACCCAUGAAACCGCUGUACUGGACACGAAUACAGCUGCACGCCAAAAAGGACUCAAAUUCUCUCGUAUGGGAGGCGAUCGAAGAGCCAUCCGUGGAUUUUGACGAGUUUGUCGAACUUUUCUCCAAAACGGCAGUCAAGGAGAAGAAGAAACCUCUUUCGGACACAAUCAGCAGGUCGAAGACCAAGCAGGUGGUGAAGCUGCUAAACACCAAGCGCUCACAGGCGGUGGGGAUUCUGAUGUCCAGUUUACAUCUCGACAUGAAGGACAUUCAGCACGCGAUCCUGAAUCUGGAUAACACAGUGGUUGAUCUGGAGACGUUACAGGCCCUCUAUGAGAACAGAGCACAGCAAGAUGAGCUGGAGAAAAUCGAGAAACACAUCAAAUCCUCAAAAGACAAAGAAGGAAGCAAACCUCUGGACAAACCCGAACAGUUCCUCCAUCAGCUCUCCCAGAUUCCCGAUUUCUCCGGACGAGUCUUCUGUAUUCUCUUCCAGUCGACCUUCACUGAAUGCAUCUCGUCUGUUCAACGCAAACUCCAGAUUCUGCAGAGAGUCUGCAAGACUCUUCAGAGCGGUUCUGGAGUUCUGAAGAUUCUUGGUUUAGUUUUGGCUUUUGGUAAUUUCAUGAACGGAGGGAAUCGCACCAGAGGUCAAGCAGAUGGAUUUACGCUAGACAUUCUGCCCAAACUCAAGGAUGUCAAGAGCAGCGACAACAGUAAAAGUCUUCUGUCAUACAUCGUGUCAUACUACCUGAGACACUUUGAUGAGGAUGCGGGCAGGGAGACGUGUGUGUUUCCCCUCCCAGAACCUCACGACCUGUUUCAGGCCUCUCAGAUGAAGUUUGAGGACUUGACUAAAGAUCUUCUGAGACUCCGAAAAGAUCUGCGAGCAUGCACUGCACAGGUGGAGAAGGUUUGCUCGGUCACGACGGAAGAGCAUCUACAGCCCUUUAAAGACCAGAUGGAGACGUUCGUCAGUGAAGCAAAAACUGAGCUGGAAAGUCAAGAGAAGCAACUCAGUGAAACGCACAAAAUGUUCCUGGAGCUGUGCGUCUUCUUCUCGGUCAAGGCCAAGAGCGGAGAGAAAGAGGUUUCUCCCAACACCUUCUUCUCCGUUUGGCACGAGUUCUCCACCGAUUUCAAAGACACCUGGAAGAAGGAGAACAAGGUCAUUUUGCAGGAGAGGCUGAAGGCGGCGGAGGAGUGUUUCCGACAGGUGAAGGAAAAGGCCACGUACAGCGUCAAACCCAAACACGCGUCUGGAAUCAAAGCAAAGUUGGGUAUGAAGAUAUGAGACGUCUGAUGAAGGCUGACGAACGCUCUCGGGCUCUUGCCGUUCGAUCUUUAAUUCGCUCUUACACACACCGCUUCAGUGUUACUACUUCUGCCGUACGGACACAGGAAGUGAUCUGCCCUCAGAACGUGAUGUCACAUCCUGUGCGGUGAUGAACAUAUCAGAUGUUUGCUCCAGAAUUCCCACUGCAAUCACCGCUGAAGUUCGCUGCGCACACCGGAGGACGGAAGCAAAAAUCAUCAAAGAAAAGUGUUGUUUUAUUUUUAGAGAAAUCUGAUGCGUCUUUAUUCGUGAACAUCAGCGGCCGACCGUCACGAGCUUUUAAUCAGCGCACUCGUUUAACAUGUUCAAAGCACAGCAGAGCCAAACACCCUCCCGUCCUACAGGACCUGAAAGAGACACUUGAGAAAGUACAGUGUGAUCGAAAGAAACGGCGAACGUUCAGGAAAUCAACUCAGUGUUUUUGUGAAAUUAUGCAAGAUUGUUUUGCUGCAUCCACACACUCACUUAAUGUAUUUAAAAAUGAGGUUUUUUUUAAAUUAAUGUAAAUGUUAUUAACAUCUUUAUGUAGCGUUCUGGUUUGUUUUUAGCAUGUCCGUGUUGGAGGUGUGGAUCCGUCUGCGCUCCAUGUGCAAUAACUGUUUGUAUCUGAACGUUUUGAGAAGAGUGUAAUUUAUGUAAAAUAAAGCGAUUAAUAAAUUCAGACAUUUUAAUUUA